CAUUUCGAUUAAUGUUGUUGGACUUGCAUGGUAUUCGGUUUUUUUUUUUAUUGUUCAAUACCAAUGGAAAACGGUACACGGCAAAAGCGUUGUUUGCUCGCAACAACAGCACCAACAACAUCAACAUAUACACCAUUCAACAACGCAACACUGUUCGGUAAUACAAUAAUAAUACAACAUUCAAUAUCGCUCUCGCAGUUAUAUCUCUGCUGAAAUUUGUUGACUCUUAUUUGUGUAGUACUCGCUCGAGCUGCGUGCACACCUUGAGUAUUCAGAAAGUGAAACAAACGAAGAAAAAAAACAACGUGCGCGCUGUACGAAUCCCAAAAUAUUGUAUAUAUAUAUAUAUAUGCACGAAAAAUAAAACAGAGACACGAGGGAGAGAGAGAGAGAGAGAGAGAGAGAGAGAGAGAGAAAAACAAAACAACAGCAACAACCAAGCACAAAUCAAGACACAAGACACAAGCCACAAGAGUCUUGUGGAACGAAGCAAAGAGAGUGAAGUAGCGAGCUAAGAAACGAAAAUAAACCAACAGAAACAACAAAGAAAAACUCCAUUAAAUGACUUCAAUUACUGUAACCGAAAAGAACUGUUGAAUGGAUAUAUAUUUUUAAUUGAAAGACAGUGAAGUGAAGGUGUUUUAUAUAUUUUGUAUUAAAAAAGCUGGUUUUUAUUUUCGAUAUCGAAUUUGAGCAACUGAAGCGAGCUGAGUGAAUUUUCUUCCAGAAAUAAAAGGAAAAAACAUCUUUUUCUUUCUCUUCGGCGGUGAAACGUAUAAUUCAUGAACCAAGAAAUAAAUGGAUCGGAUUUCUUUUAAUUGGUUGAUACCACAGUGAAAAAUACGGUGUUUUUCUCUUUUGCACGAGCGCCUAUUGGUUUUGCAUCCGAUACCACAUCAAAAAUCACCCUUUUUUCCACCGGCGACUACAUCGGAAUUCGGCAAACGAUUCGCGGGCUUUAUUCAAUUCAGUGAGGUGCAACAGUUUUAAUUUCCAACGAGACGCCAGCGUGAGAGAUAAAGUAGCAGCAAGGGAAAAAAAAACAAGAAGAAAGAAAAUAAGGAGUGUUGUGCUACGCUUGGAAUGAUCAUAUUCAAAAUGAAGAUUGUUAUUCUAAUGCUUCUUCUGCUCAUAUGUCUGCCAAAAGAAUCAAGACAGGUGGAUAAGAUCCGUUCGAAGCGUGGAAAAGUGCCAAGAUCAUCUGACUUUAAAAUCAAAAAUGAUGUGAAACAACACUUGGAAGCUGUCGAAGCUGAAUCGAUGCCAUUAGAAAUUCAAACAAACUUUUUAAGUGAAUCGGUUCGAAAAUAUUUGGAACUCGGAAGAGCGAUCCCAGGUAGAGCGGGUGUUGAUUAUCCGCUGCUAGGCGCUGUACCUUAUACCAAUUUCUAUUGCGAUGAACAAAAGUAUCCGGGCUUUUUUGCCGAUACAGAAACUCGAUGUCAAGCCUGGCAUUAUUGCGAUAUCGAUGGUCGGCAAGCCACUUUUCUUUGCCCAAAUGGAACGCAGUUUUCACAAGCCGUUUUCGUGUGUGACUGGUGGUUUAAUGUUCGAUGCGAACUAUCACCACACUUGUAUGAGAUUAAUGCGAGAUUAUAUCAGAAACCAAAAGUGAAUCCUACACAACCACAUCGAGUCAUAACAAAAGAUCUAAUCGACAGUAUAUUUAAUUAAACAAAACAAAAACAAAAUCAAACAGAGCAAAAUUUGUGACUACGAGCCUAUAAUUGGAAAAUACCGUAAUUUUAAGUUAACUUAACAUUAUUUCAUCCUACUCGGUAUUCUAUCUGUAUAUCUUUUUCUCUUUGUCUAUCCAUUCUCUCUGUCUCUCUAUCUUGCUUCUUUUCUCUCUCUCUCUCUCUCUCUCUCUCUCUCUCUCUCUCUCUCUCUCUUUCAUCCGUAGAUCAAAACUAAAGUUACCGGAAAUGCAAACAAUCAUACAAACACACACAGAUCUAAAUUGUAAAGUGAAGAAAUAUUUGAAAUAAAUAUUCGAUUAAACAUCAAUUUCAUGCUAACAUU